AUGUCUUUCCUUCAUGGUGUUUUAGAUAACAUUAAAGGCCAUUUAGGCCAGCAUAAAGGCUCUUUAGAUAGCGCACUUACUUCACUUAAAGACACAAAUAAUAAUGGUAUUGCUAAAUACAGGACGGCGAUAGCCGCGGUGGCCGAUGGUGUACGUGCAUAUAAUGAGAGUGUUGUAAAGUCGAAUGAGAGUGUGAAAAGUGUUGUUAAUACUUUGCAGGGACAAGUCGGCGAGAAUUUUAAAAAUACGGUAAGUCAUAUUUUACCAGAAAAUGGUGUUUCAGGUGCGCCGACAAAUUACAGUGACAGGGAUGUCAGCCGGGCCGUCGACCAAAUUAAUGACAAACUUCAGCAAUGCCAAAAUAAUGCUGCAACAUUUGUCACUAAUUUAGACAUUAGUAACACUUCACGUAGCCCACAUAAAGACAGAAUCAACGACCUAAAUGCUAAAUUAAAAGAUAAGCUUGAGAGCGUGCGUAGGACGGUGGCGUAUGAGAGUGGUAGGUUGGGGAGGGUGAAGGAGCAAGAGGAGAAGGUGUUGAAAGCAACGACCGAUAAAAUUACUGAAGCUCUUAGUGCUCUUCAAAAUUGCGUGAAUGAUAGAAUAGAGAAAGACAUUAAAAAACUUCUCGCUGAUUUGAGAGAUAAGGUCCAGAAGAUACUGGAGGAGCUUAAAGAGAUUAGCAAAAAACUCCGGGAGUAUGUUAUGCAGCUGCAGAAAUGGAUUAGGGAGGCGGACAUUGAUGUGGAAAAGGUAAUGAAGGAGGUGAAAAAGAUUGAGAAUAAAGCUCCCGGCAUUCUCAACCAAAUGAAUGUUGAAGAUGAAGCAAAAAAGUUGAAAAAGAAGGGUGAAGAGAUAUAUUGUAAAUUCAAGUAUGCAACAACUGAGGUUAAAGAGAAAGUUACUGAAGCCCUCGAGGCCGUGAAAGCGAUGGACGACGAGCUGAAGAAGGAUUUGCACGGGGUGAGGAGUGAGAUAAGUAAUAAGGUGGAGGAGAUUAAGGAGAAGAUUAAGAAGCUUGGGGAGAAUUUUGGUAGUGAUAUUGCCACCUCGGCGUCGGGAAACCGUGGUAAAGAAAUCGUACAAAUUGUUUUCGAGAAAUUUAGAGAUACGUUUGGUGAAAUUAAGGGGACAACGCACAAACCAGGUCUCGAAAAAGUUGAAGCUGGAGUGAGGGGUUACGCUUGGGAGUUCAAAGAGGGUGAUACAUUUACGAAAAUAGUGCAGGGCUGGUUAGAAGAUAAUAUUUUGGGCAAACAUAAGCUCGUGGAGAAGUGCCUUAAAAAUUAUGUGGAUGGUAAGGGUGCCGCGAAACCAACUGCGUACAACGCAGCAAGUGAGAUGUAUGAGCCGAUUAGAACAGCCUUUGCGACAACGCUUAAAGCAGACGCGAAUCAAAUUAUUAAGAAGGCCGUUGAUGCGUUUACUACUGCCAAAGUUGAGACCGAAGACGGCGAUAUAACCCAAAAUAUUAAAAAGGUCCAGAAUGUAUGCAAACAAUUCGCACAGGAGCUUGAUAAUGCUCGUGCAAACGAAGUUGGAGAUAUUGUCCAGGAGAUUGAGCGCAUUCUCACGGAACAGAACAAACUCAACAAGUCUCCCGCCAAUUUCUAUAGGUAUCAUCUCAAUGAUGCCGUCGAAGCAAUUUUGGUCGCGCUCAGCACUACCGCAAGGGAAGCGGCGAAAACGCUUGAGCAAUUCGCCCUCACGGUCAGGCCGUCAGGCACCGGCAGCAUCGCAGCCAAAAUAGAUGCUGUUAACAAGAAAGCUGACGAUCUAUUCAAUAAGCUUAAAACAGCGCUAGGCCGACCACCUACCGGCGGCCAGACGGAAAACCACGCCCAAGCCGUCGACGCAGCGAUCCAGCAGGACAGGUGGUGGCCCAGCAACUAA